CUCACUUCUCCAACGAAACCGAUCGCCUUGCUUUGCUAAACUUGAAAGAUAUGAUAACCGACGAUCCUCUCAAUUCCUUGAGCUCUUGGAACCAUACUCUCCACUUCUGUGACUGGCAAGGUGUCACAUGCGCUGCUCACCGCCAUCCUCAGAGAGUCACGGCGUUGAAUCUCACAAACCAGAAGUUGGUGGGCCCCAUAUCUCCCUACAUAGCAAACCUCACCUUCCUCAGCAUAAUCGAUUUCUCAGACAACAGAUUCCACGGCCCGAUUCCUGAAGAGAUAGGCCGUUUGUUCCGCUUGCGGUAUCUCAGUCUCGCCAAUAACACACUCACCGGAGAAAUUCUAGCAAAUCUGACCCACUGUUCGGAACUCAAAGUCCUUCACCUUUAUGGGAAUCAGCUGUCAGGGAGGAUUCCAACUGAGCUUGGCUCUCUGUCCAAGCUCACCAACUUGAUCCUUGCUUUCAACAGGCUCAUAGGAAGCAUUCCACCUUCACUUGGAAACCUUUCGUCUCUCGCUACCCUUUAUCUCGGACUAAAUAAUCUGGAGGGCAGCAUCCCAGAUGAACUUGGUCGGUUGGCAAGCUUAGAGGUUCUUUACAUUGGUGACAAUCAACUGUCGGGUACGAUUCCUCCCCAGCUAUUCAAUCUCUCCUCUAUUUAUUCUUUCGACGUAGGAGGUAACAGAUUGCAUGGAAACCUUCCCCCCAACUUAGGCCUCACUCUUCCUAAUCUCCAAGCAUUUUAUGCCGGAGCAAACCAAUUUACAGGACCCAUACCAGUUUCAUUCUCCAAUGCUUCAGGACUUGUACUUAUCGACCUUGAUAACAAUAGUUUAAGCGGAUCUGUGCCUCUGAAUUUUGGAAGCCUCAAGAGUCUCUCCGUCUUAGAUUUGUGGCGCAAUCAACUUGGAAUUGGGAAAGCUAGUGACUUGGGUUUUCUUGAUUCUUUGACAAAUUGCAGUGGCUUACAAGAGCUGGAGGCAAGCCAUAAUCAUCUCAGCGGUUCUUUGCCUGACUCCAUAGCAAAUCUUUCUACACAGUUAACAAGACUAUUGUUAGGAAGUAACAGGAUAUUCGGAAACAUUCCAUCUGGGAUUCAGAAUCUUGUCGGCUUAACAGUGUUGUCUAUGGAGUAUAACUUUCUAAAUGGUACUAUUCCCAUUGGAGUUGGGAAGCUUAACAAGGUGGAGGAACUGAACUUAGGUGCAAAUGAAUUAACAGGGCAAAUUCCAUCUUCCUUGGGCAACAUCUCUGGAUUAUACAUACUCAGUUUAUCCGAAAACAAUCUAUCAGGGGGCAUACCUUCAAGUCUUGGUAAUUGCAUAAACCUGCAAUUCAUAUACCUCCAGAGUAAUAAGUUUAGCAGCAGCUUACCCAAACUACUUUUCAGCAUUCCAACUUUGAUUCUACUUAACGUUGGAAAUAACUCUUUUACCGAUAGUCUGCCACUGGAAGCUGGUUACUUGCAAGCUCUUGAAACAUUUAUUGUUUCUAUUAACAACUUGUCCGGCGAAGUUCCAAGCUGGCUAGGCAAUUGUCUCAGCUUAGAGUAUCUUGGGUUGGAUGGGAACUUCUUUCAAGGAUCGAUUCCUCCAACAUUUAGUACUCUAAAAGGCCUUCAAAUCCUGGAUCUCUCACGCAACAACUUGUCUGGGGUGAUUCCAGAAUACCUGGAGAAGCUUGCUUUACAGUAUCUAAAUCUAUCCUUCAAUGAUUUGGAGGGUGAAUUACCAAAACAAGGGGUCUUUGGAAAUGCUAGUCAAGUUUCAGUGCUCGGAAAUGGUAAGCUAUGUGGGGGUAUUCAUGAAUUACAAUUGCCUCCAUGCUCUAGCCAAGCUUCCAAGAAACGGGGGAAGACUCUUUCUUCAAAAGUAAAAUUCUCAAUAAUUGGUGUUGUCCUAUGUCUUAUAUCAUUAUCAUGUUUCUUCGCCACUCUUUAUUGGGUAAGAAAUUCGAGAAAGAAAACUUUUGCUUUACCUUCUGCGGAGGAUCCUUUUGUCAACGUGUCUUAUGCGGAGCUCCUUAAAGCAACAGACGGGUUCUCUUCUGCAAAUUUGGUCGGCACUGGAAGUUUUGGUGCUGUAUAUAAAGGGUUUCUAGAUCGUGUUGGAACUAUGGUGGCAAUGAAAGUCUUCAACCUUCAACGACAGGGAGCUCUGAGGAGUUUCAUGGUCGAAUGUGAAGCCUUGAGAAACAUUAGGCAUCGGAAUCUUGUUAAGACCAUAACUUGUUGCUCAAGCAUUGAUUUUAAGGGCAAUGAUUUUAAAGCUCUAAUUUACCAGUACAUGCCCAAUGGAAGUUUAGACAAGUGGUUGCACGGAGAUGGUCAGGACGAGCUGAGAAGGAACUUGAAGUUUACUCAAAGGCUAAACAUAGCUAUAGACGUGGCGUCUGCAUUGGAUUAUCUACAUGAUCAUUGCCAAACAUCAAUCAUUCAUCGAGAUUUAAAACCAAGCAACAUUCUUCUUGAUGAUGACAUGACUGCUUGUGUGGGUGAUUUCGGGCUAGCCAGGUUCUUAUCUGAGGUUUCUCAAAGUAGCUCGGUCGGAAUGAAGGGAUCUAUUGGGUACAUCGCUCCAGAGUAUGCAAUGGGCAGUAAAGCAUCUACAGAAGGAGAUGUUUAUAGCUAUGGAAUCCUUCUAUUGGAGAUGAUCACGGGAAAGGAGCCAACUGAUGAUAUGUUUAAGGAAUAUCUAAGCCUUCAUCAUUUCGCUAAGUUGGCUUUGCCUGAACGAGUAAUGGAGAUUGUUGAUCCACGACUGAUCGUAGAAGAAGCUGAAGUUACACAAGGCAAUGAAAAUCAAAUCAAUAAAAGAAAUACAAUGCAUGACUGCUUGAUUUCAAUAGUCAAAAUCGGUGUGUCGUGCUCCACAGAAUCUCCGAGAGAACGAAUGUGGAUGAGAGAUGUUGUAGCAGAAAUGCAUGCAAUCAAGGACUUGUAUCUCGGGGUCCGGUUUCACUAGGAUGGACAAGUUAGUCUCAAAUAUUAGUUGAAGGUUUGUUUUACAUCAGUCAAUAUUGAGUUAUUAUUGGUAGUUAUGUUGAGAAAGAUUUCAGAAUAAAAUUAGCUUGUUGAAUGCUUUUCUGAACAAGCUCUAGAUAUAUUUAGCCUUUAAGAGUAUUUGUAUAUAUGAGAAAAUAUGUUUCUUUCCUUUGUUAUAUCUUGUCA